AUACAAGUAGGAUAGAAAUGUAGCAAUAAUGUAAUCCCGAGUGUUUGCACUGUUUGUGAGCCAAAGGCUUUGCUAGAUUUCCCUAGUUUAAAUAGCCUAUUCCAGGUUGGUUAAACCACUUGCUGAGACCAAGAGUAUCUCAACAUGAAGUAUUUGUUUGCUGUUCUAUUUGCUGUUGGUGUUCUGGUUACCAGUUGCUGGUCAGCGUGCUUUUUUGAUCAGCCACAACGAGGACAAAAUAUAGAUGGGUGUGCUUAUGAGGGAGAGCUGCAUUUGUUUGGUAGUUCCUGGCGAACUGAGAACUGCUUAUCCUGUUCUUGUUACUCUGAUGGUUCCAUAAAAUGCUGCUCCCUGACAUUUAGACCAGUCUACGACAAGAAGAAAUGUAAAGCUGUGUUUAACAAGGAGACAUGCAAGUUCACUGUGAUGCAGAAUCCAGCCAGCACACAGCCCUGUGACUCAUACGCUAUGGUGGGAUAAUGGUGCAUUCUCCGUGCUGGCAUCAUGUGAGGCUUCUGGCCAUAUCUCUUCCUUUCCAAGCAAUGAACAACCUCAGUAUAUGAUAAAUCAGUAAUCAUGUCACAUCCGAUUUAAUCCAGUUCAAUAAAACUGCACAAUGUG